UGUGUCCUUUGCUCCCCAUGACGUGGGGAGCAGUGCUGUGGGGUGCCCAGCCCCAUGCUCCUGGUACCAGGUGUGGGACAGUGGUGGGCCGGGCCCUGUGCCCGUGGCAAUGUGUCAUCGUGUGCCACUGCUGCAGUAAUAGCCCCCUGGGGCUCCCGCUGGGCCUGCGGCGGAGGCGCAGCCAGGAUCUGGGCCGCGUUGCUGGGAGAAGAUGAUUUCCCAGAUUCCGGCCUGGUCUCAAUCAGCCCUGACAGAUUAUUUUGUGAAAUAAAUAAACUAAUUUAGGGCAGAUGGAUUUUACAUAGGUUUCGCAUCUCCUCGUUUCCUGGCAGCGGAGCGGGGUCAGCGUGGGGCCAGCAGGGAGGGCCCCACCGUCGGCCCCGGAGCUCUGUGGGGAGGAGAGGGUCUGCCACCCUACUGCAUCCCACGUCCUGGUGCCCCGUGUCCCUGUGCAGGCCUGUGAGCAUGGCAGUGCCCACGCCCGGCCCCAUGGGGAAUGCUGUGCCAGCCCCAGGGCAGCGUAAAACAGCCUUCCGCCUCCUUAUCCAGCCAGCGGAUCAGAUCGCUGGGGAGGCGGUGAUGAGGCCCUGGAGCCUGAGAAAGCUGUAGGCCCCAGGGAAAUGUCUGUGCCGCUCCCACUGCUUUAACCGCUGCCUCGCCGGAUGAGAUAUUUCGAUAGGGACGUGGCGCUCCGUCACGUGGAGGGGAAUCGGGGAUACGCUCCUAUCGGGGCGAAGGGAUGAACCUCAGCUCCUUAAUGCCAGGGACACGGGCAUGGGCUUCUCCGGAGCAUGGCACUGCUGGAGGGGCAGUGGAUGGGGAAAUCUGGGAUGAGGCCCAGCUGCAGCACAAGGAGUUGGGGUGCGGAGAGGAGAGCUCGUGGCUCUCGGCCUCCCUGCAUGGCUCCACCCCCGCUCCCCUGCGACUUUCAUAACCCAGCACGCUGCCACGUGUCCACGCAGACCCCGGCUGCCUUGGGGGGACACGGGGCUCGUCCUGUGCUCUGGCUGAUCUGUCCAUCUCGGAAUAGUGGGACGGAGCUGUCAUCUUCCUCUGCAGGCAGCAGGUCUGGAAAGAUGACUCGCUGCCAGGUGGUUGCCAUCCUCCUUCUUUCCUUCCUUCCCAGCACUGCAGCUGGGAGCCUCCUUCCCACCCUCGUUCCCCGGUCCACGCUGCAGCUGGGCAGAGCGCGGUUCUCGGCGCAGCCCGUGCUGGAGCUGGCUACGCGCUGCGACGAGGCGUGUGUCCGGCGGGAGGCCGCCCUGCUCCCCCAGGACUUCCAGGAGUACCUCUUUUAUGAGACACUGUACGCCAACGGCACCCGCACCCUCACGACGGUGGAGCUGAGCCCCGGAGGGGGCAGCACGGAGAGGAGGUGGCCGAGGAGGCGUGCGCGGCGCAAGCGCCAGAUUUACGGCACGGAUGGGCGGUUCUCCAUCAGCGGGAACCACUUCCUGAUGGACUACCCCUUCUCCACCACAGUCAAGAUCUCCACCGGGUGCACGGGGGUGCUGGUGUCCGAGCAGCACGUCCUCACGGCCGCCCACUGUGUCCACGAUGGCCAAGAGUAUGUGAAGGGCGCCAAGAAGAUCAAGGUGGGCUUCCUGACGCCGGCCAAUGGCACGGGGAGGCCGGUGAUGCGCUGGGCUCGCGUGCGGCGCACGCAGGUGCCCAAGGGUUGGAUCCAGAGCCCCAACUCGGUCAGCAUGGACUAUGAUUACGCCCUUCUGGAGCUGCGCAGACCGCACCGGCGCCCGCACAUGGAGCUGACGGUGGCUCCGGCAGCGGAGGAGAUGGCCGGGAGGAGGAUUCAUUUCUCGGGGUUUGACAGUGACCGGCCGGGAGAGCUGGUAUACCGCUUCUGUGCGGUGGAGGAUGAGACGGCACACCUCAUCUACCAGCACUGCGAUGCCAGGCCCGGUGCAUCCGGCUCUGGGGUGUAUGGCAAGGUGUGGGAUCCUGCGCGGCACAAGUGGGAGAGGAAGGUGAUUGGCAUCUUCUCUGGGCAUCAGUGGCUGGAAGUGGCGGGGGAGCAGCACGACUAUAACGUUGCCGUUCGCCUGACUGCUCCCAAGUUUGCUCAGAUUUGUUACUGGAUCAAAGGGGACUAUAAAAGCUGCCAGAAUGAAUGAGAACCAGAGCAUUCCCUCUCCCCUUCCCUCCCCUCCCCUCCCCUCCCCAGUGAAGACGGCUCUGAGUGUGGUGCUCCUAAGUGUGCAUGAGGCUGAGGAGUGUGAGAAGCAUUGCCUGCCAAAACUGCUCCAUUGCUAAACUUCAUUCUGUCCUGGAGUAACAGGGUCUCUGCAAAGCACAUGGGAUCCAGUGGAAAGACUCAGCUAAACCUGAAGAGUGUGUAAGCUCCUUUGGUCACUGUGAACUCGGCACUGGAGUUCCUUGCUAAAAGAGCCAGGUCUGGUGGCUGCUGUCUGCAGCAGGUUAACUGCUAACGACUCGGAGAGGCAGCAACAGGCUUGCUGCCCAGCUGUACUGUUUCCAUUGGGUCACUUCAGGUGUCUCGGUUUGUUGGCUGUGCUGCCCUGCUCAGCACUGCCCCAGUUCUGUGAGGACAAAGGAUUUUUUCUUCUAACGGCGCCUUUGUGUGGCUGAUGAAAGAUGCCUGAAAGGCAACCCUGGAGCCCGAGGCUUUUGGGCACAGUGCUCCAGCAAGGAGCGCGGCCAGGGCAGGUGGGGCUGCUCCAGCAUGCUGGCAGCCCUGGUGUUUGAUCACACUCCUGGCAAGGAUGGCUCUUCUGACUGCUGCAGCAUGGUGCCAUGUAGGUACCUACAUGCUAUAGCACAGGCUAAGAGCUGGGAUUGCCUGCUUACUUGUAAACCUUCUCAUCUCUCUUUGGUUCUCUGCGGGAUGGGUGGCUUUAGAAGGAAGGCAUUUACUGCAGCUUUAGUGUUUGAGAUGGAUUCUUUUAAGCAAAUACGUGUAUUUGAAUAAAUGUCAGCACAAAUCUCUCUGCAAAUGUUAUGCUGAAAGGGGAAUGGUGCACAGGUUGCAAACACUGGUUUGGGACUUGCUGAAGGAGGGAGGUACCUUCCCUCCAGGCUGAAAUGAGCAGCACAGGCAGACGUGUGUACAGAAGAAAUUGCAGCAUCUCGAAAAGUAGGGACAGACAUGCCUGCCACAGGGGUGAACAGCCCAGGCUCUCGACUGAACAGAUUUCUACAUGCUCUGUCACACGCAUAGGAAUGACAUGACCAACAGGCCAUACCUGGAGCAAACCGAGAGCUUGCCCUGUUUCCCUACCUCACAUACACGAGAUUCUGUUGCUAACAGAAGAGUUUCAUAGCAGAUUUUCCUGUCUUUCUCACAUUUUCCCUUCUGCUUGCUGUUUGCCCAAGCAAUUUCUCUAUGCAAUCCAUAUCCCCCCCGGAGGGACCUCAUGCUGAUGCUGCUUUGCCAGGCUGGGCAGACAACUCCUUAGAUUUUUCUCUUUAAAUUCAACGUCCUGCUCCUUUUCACUGCAUCUCAGGAGCAGCCCGUAUCACAGGUUUGUCAACUGUCAUUUCUUCAGUCAGGUGAGGUCUAAACACGCAGCUCCUUCAAGACUUGUCACAGCUGUCAGAAUGCAGCAACCUGACUUGCAAAACAAGCAAGGAGGAGAUGUUUCAAGACCUUAACGCUACAUCCCAUCCUGCUCAGCUGUGAGAGUUAAAAUAAUUUAAAUUGUAUGCCUGGUCUACACAUGGGUGUGCAGUAGAACAGUAUAUAUUAUCUUGGAUGAGACAGUGCAUGAAAAAUCAUGAUUACACAUUACUGGACAAGGAGCAGCUGCUAUAAUUUACACCAUACUAAACCAAUGUAGUCAGAAUUUUACUUGUCCAAUGAAAUCACCAACCCUUGCUGAGAGGUUUCUGGGGACAGAUGAGUGGGGGUUUUAAUCUUCUCUGGUCCCUUGUUUGGACUCUAGGAAAAAUUUCAGAGUAUCAGCCAUGCUUCUCUCAAAUGGGGAAGAAAGCCUAUCAUGAAUACAGGGAAGGGAGUUUCUGGUUCCUUCUUCUCUUAAAUGCCCAUUAAACUUAUAUA